AUGCCCAAAACUCAGGAUAAAAGUGCCCAAGUAGCUCAGACUAACACAUGUCUGAAGCAAACUAACGACAACGUGGCUAGCUCGGAAGCUGAGAGCCCUGGAACGAACAUGGACUCGGAGGGAAUAAUUAAGGCUAUCGAUGAUUUGAAGACUGCUUUAAAGGGUGAUAAUGCAAAGCUGCAACAAAAUAUUGACCAUCUGGGACAUGAGAUCAACGGUAAGCUGGACAAUAUUGCUACUGAGGUCCAGGGCCUGACAGAGCGGGUUGACGAGGCGGAGACCCGUGUUCAUCAGGUGGAGACCUGGGCAAAGGAGGCAACCGAGGCGCUGUGCAUGUGCAUCGAACAACAGAGGAAAACACAGCUUAAGGUGCUUGAUUUAGAAUCUCGCUCCAGAAGAAACAACGUCCGUAUAUUUGUGGUACCAGAGGGAAAGGAGGGGAACUCAACUCCACAGUAUAUCGAGACGUUUCUGAGAAGCCAGCUACAACUACCGGAGGACCUGGACCUGAACAUACAGCGCGCACAUCGUACUCUGGCAACUAAACCCCCACCCGACGCACCACCGAGGGCGAUUAUUGUCAACUUUCUGGAAUUUUCCACAAAGGAAAAGAUCUUAAGAGAAAUGUGGAAAAAAGGCAAGAUCCAGGUGGGCUCUUCUAUUAUUCACUUCGACCACGAUUAUGCACCUGAGAUAGUGAAGAAGCGCAGAGAAUAUAACGUUAUCAAGAAAGCGCUCAAAGCGAAAGGCGUUCGCUUUCAAACACCGUUUACCAACAUGAGGAUCCACUGGGAGUCAGGAACUCGCACAUAUUCCAGCGCACGGGAAGCCUACAACGAGCUGAAGAGACGCGGAAUCCAGUCGGAGGAGCCGGUGACAGCUGACGGGGGGUCCGGAGCGGAGGCGAGUCUCCGGGCGCUGCUGGGCUGGCAGCCGGCGGAGAGCAGCGGCGCGGCGGUCGCGCUGAGAGCCAAGAACAAACUGCAGGAUUUCCAGCGGAGCAUGGCCGAGUGA